AUGGAUUUUGAUCGGGAACUAGACGAAGAACUAGAGUUUACCAAGCUGACCAAGAAGGUCAAGAUAUAUCCCACGUUUGAAAGUAUGAACUUGAAACCAGAACUUCUCAAGGGUAUUUACAACUACGGUUUCGAGGCCCCAUCGGCAAUUCAGUCUCGAGCUAUAAUGCAAAUAAUUCGUGGUCGAGAUACGAUUGCCCAGGCUCAAUCUGGAACCGGAAAGACAGCCACUUUCUCUAUAGGAAUAUUAUCGCUGAUAGAUACAAAAUCCAAAGAUUGUCAAGCAUUGGUGCUUUCCCCGACCAGAGAGCUCGCCCAGCAGAUUGAAAAUGUUAUCGAACAUUUGGGAGAUUAUAUGAACGUACGAAGUCAUGCUUGUAUUGGAGGCACCCAGGUGGGCGAAGAUGUCAAAAAAUUGCAACAAGGUCAACAUAUUAUCAGUGGUACUCCAGGACGAGUUCUCGAUAUGAUUAAGCGGAGGAAUAUCAUGCCUCGACAUGUAAAGAUGCUUGUAUUGGAUGAAGCUGAUGAGCUUUUGACCAAGGGGUUUAAAGAGCAGAUCUAUGAGAUAUACAAGACACUUCCGGCAGGAGCUCAAGUGGUGGUUGUAAGUGCUACACUUACGCCUGAAGUGUUGGAAAUGACAAAUAAGUUUACCUCGGAUCCCGUAAAGAUUUUGGUGAAACGAGACGAUGUCACCUUGAAGGGCAUCAAGCAGUACUAUAUUCAGUGUGAGAAGGAAGAUUGGAAAUUCGAUACUCUUUGUGAUUUAUAUGACAAUCUCACCAUCACCCAGGCGGUUAUCUUUUGCAAUACAAAAGCCAAAGUUAAUUGGCUCGCCGGCCAGAUGCGCAAGUCCAACUUCACAGUUGCCGCUAUGCAUGGAGAUAUGAAGCAGGAGGACAGAGAUAGCAUCAUGAAAGAAUUUCGUUCGGGUUCUACAAGAGUACUCAUCUCCACCGAUGUAUGGGCCCGAGGAAUCGAUGUCCAACAAGUUUCGUUGGUAAUUAACUAUGAUCUUCCCCUUGAUAAGGAGAACUAUGUGCAUCGUAUCGGACGUUCAGGAAGAUUUGGAAGAAAGGGAACCGCUAUUAACUUACUAACUAGCCAGGAUAAGGAUGAGCUCAAGCUGCUCCAACACUACUAUUCAACAAAAAUACGAGAAGUGCCCGCAGACCUUAGCAAAAUUAUGUGA